GUGGUGGCAGCUCAAAAGCAAAGUACAGUUGAACUGCAGCAGCCAGUCAUGUCAGGACAGGCGUUUAGAAAGUUUCUUCCCCUCUUUGACCAAGUUUUAGUUGAAAGGAGUAUAGCCAAAACUGUAACCAAAGGAGGCAUUUUGCUUCCAGAAAAAUCUCAAGGAAAAGUGUAUGGAUGGGGCUCUAGAGAAAAGAGAGAGAUUCAACUAGUUGGCGUGAAAGUUGGAGAUAAAAUUCUCCCAGAAUAUGGAAGCACCAAAGUAGUUCUGGAUGACAAGGAUUAUUUCUGGUGACAUUCUCAGGAAGUAUGUAAGCUAAAAUAAAUCAUUAUUGAAAUGGCGUCAUGUGAAGCUGCCCAUUCUAGUAAAGUUGUGAAAUCUUCCAUCAUGUAAAUAAUUUCCAUGUCUCUCUUUUAUAAUAACCUAAUGGUAUCCCAAACAAAACAAAUAAAACAUAGGGGGAAAUCUUCAUGAUAUUAGACUUGGCAGUGAUUUUUUGGAUAUGACACCAAAAGCAAUGGCAACAGAAGAAAAAAUAAUAAAAUUGAACUUUAUCAAAUAAAAGUUUUGUGCAUCAAACAAAGGUCACUCUCGAGAGAGUAAAAAGACACCCCACAGAAUGAGAGAAAAUAUUUGCAAACUAUAUAUCUGAAAAGAGAUUAAUAUCCAGAACACAUAAAGAAUUCCCACAAUUCAACCACACAAACAGAAAGAAAAUUCAAAAAUGGGCAAAGGACUUAAAUCAACAUUUCUCCAAAGAAGAUACACAAAUGGCCAGUGAGCAUGUGAAAAGAUGUUUGCCAUCUUUUAGUCAUUAAGGAAAUGCAGAUCAAAACCACGAUGAGAUACCACUUCAUACCCCAGUAGGAUUUUCUUUUUUUUCUAAAAAUGGGAAAUAGGGCACCUGGGUGGCUCAGUUGGUUAAGCAACUGACUUUGACUCAAGUCAUGAUCUUGCAGUUCACUAGUUUGGGCCCCUCCUCUAACUCUGUGCUGACAGCUCAGAGCCUGGAGCCUGCUUUGGAUCUCUCUCUCUCUCUCUCUCUCUCUCUCUCUCUCUCUCUCUGUCUCUGCCCUUCCCCUGCUCUCGC